AUUUAGUCAUUUUUAAUCAUGUCAGAUUGUAGUCAAUUGGUUAUCAAGCGUAUUGGAACGUAUGAUCUAACUGGGACACGCCUUGGAAAAGGAAACUUUGCGAUUGUAGAGUUAGCGGUCAAUCGAGUAACCAAAUCAAAGGUUGCGAUAAAAAUUAUUGACACGCGAAAAAUCAAAGAUGAAUACGUCAAGAGAAACAUACUACGAGAAGCUCUGAUUCUCAAGAGAAUUCAACACCCAAAUGUGGUGAAACUGUACGAGACUUUGAAACAGAGAGGCGUCUAUUGCCUCGUAACUGAGUUCGUAGCGGGGGGUGAACUACUUGGACUGAUCAGAAGUCAGCACGAGUCAAGACUAACGGAGGCACAAGCCCGACCAAUUGUGCGGCAAAUUGCUUCAGCAUUACAUCAUCUCCACAAACGAGGCAUUGUCCAUCGAGAUUUAAAGAUGGAAAACGUCCUCUUGGAUGAGAGCAAAAAGAAUAUCAAACUAGUAGAUUUUGGUCUUAGUAACAUAAUAAAGGAAGGACAAUUGUUGAAAACACAGUGUGGCUCACCAGAAUACGCAGCACCAGAGCUGUUUAAAAAGGAGUGUCGCUAUGGUCCUGAGGUGGAUCUGUGGAGUUUGGGUGUUAUAACCUUUGGAAUGGUUGUCGGGAAACUGCCUUUCAGAACCUUUCAUUCUGGAAUUCGAGGUCGUAAUGAUUUAGUCGAACAAAUGACAAAUGGAUUAAACGUAGGUCACAGCAAGUAUAUGAGCGUCCUGUCUUCUGAAUGUCGGGACUUGCUUAGAAGAUUGUUGGAGCCCAAUCCCUACAUCCGUCUACCCCUUCAAGAGGUAAUGGUCCACCCCUGGAUUACCAUGAAAGGGGAAUUACCAUUAAAGCCCUAUUCAUCUCCAGUWAUAGACCAAGACAUCAUAGACAAGGUUUUAGAGAAAGUAUCACAGCUCAUUAAAAUGCCCAAAUCAAAGCUUGAAUUACACAUCUCCCAUAAUCGUCACGAUACUAUUUCUGGUAUUUACAAUUUGACUCUGGACGAGUUUCUGGAAAGAGAGACGGAGAGCAAUAAAGCUAUUACUAAAGACUGGAAAGACAGGCAUAUAGUUUGGAACGAUAGGGAUGACAAACGCAAAAAGUCUAAACAAUCUCCCAAAGAAAUCAUCAAGGUCUGCAUUAGGCAGGGAGUUCCUUCUACGGAAAAAGAUGAAAGCAAUCACGAAGACAAAGAAAAUAAAGAAGAAAGUCAUGAAAAAACAGAGUCAAACGACAAGAAAACAAGUUCACAAAACGAACAGAGUUUGCAAAUCAGAGGGAUGCGUCUUCACUCAGCCAGGUCACGCGACAGGAGACAAACCCGUCCAUAUACAACCGGAGCAAAGCGGACUUGCCGCGAUGUGCCAUCUCGCACCAGGCCUAGGUCUAUGCACGUGAAGAAUGAUCACCAACCGCCGGCACAGCAACAAAAUGUACUCAGUGAACCGAUGAGGAAUGUAAGAACACAAACCACCGAUACAACUACAGAAGAACUCAAUAUCCACGCAGCAAAUGAAGAGGAUGGAAGCAAACAGCAAAACAAAUAUCCAACUAAAGGCAYAUACAAAGGCGUGUCCUCUGUUACGAUACGAACAGCUGAACUACAGAGGCGACAGUCAAAGUCUCCACGGMAUUUGAAACAUGGAUUACAUCAAAAACGUGACGUAUUGACAUCUAAGUCAUCAGGAACACCUGCCAACAACAGAGAUGACGUACAUUCCAGGAAACUUUACACUCAGUCGGCAAAAGCGAAGACCGAACGACUUUUGUCCAACACUGUCAAAAAGCUAGGUCUGAGCGAGAAAGAUCUGGUAUUAGCUGACAGUAACACCAACAAGAUAACAGACAGCAUGUUCAAUAUCUAUCAGCGUUACCUUGCCAAUUGUAAACCACAUCACAAGCGACUAUCAAUAAUGCAGGCUCACGAAAUCAUCCAUCGCGAGCAUACCUUUCAAGCCAAAUAUGGAAAGAAAGAAAGUGACGUCAAAGUUAAAGAGCAAACAGGAGACGCGACGUCAACUGAUAAGAACGUUAUCAAAUCAGCUCAGGUUGUACGAAGAGAGAAGAAGCCCCAGUACUCUAUUAGGACAAUGAAUUUCCCGUCAAAAACAGUAGAACAAGACGAAGCCAAGCUGAUGGCUCAUGCAGCUCAAUGCAGCUGGUUCAAAACUGAUAUCUUGGAGAGCGGUAUUCUUAGGAAAGACAGUGAUACGAAGGCAAAUGUCCAAGAGCAAAGCACAGCAAGAGAACCCGCCAAACAAAUGGACGAAAAACAGCAACGCAUCGCACAGGAAAACUCUCUCCGUCGACAAAAACAAAAAGAACUCAUAGAGGAAGUAGAACAAGAGCAUUCACGAAUCGAACGGGAACUGCAAGACAACGAGAGAGUCAAGCUAAUUGAACAAUACCUGGAUGAUGUUUACUCACGGUACAGCAGCAGUGGAAGGACUCUUACUUUAGAUGCUACAGCAAAACUGGGUACAACCAGCAAGACAACGACAAAAAGAAAAGGAAACAUUUACUCCUGGUUGCCUAAAAAACAUCAACAUGGAGCAUUUGGUCCAGGUAUGGCAUCUGUUCCAGCCUCCAUUCUACACAAAGAAUCCUCAGCUUCGGGCUGCGCAGAGAAAAAAAUCGAUUUCAAAGAAAAGUCACCAUCGCAGACCAAGAAUGAUUACAACACGACAAAAUUAAGAUUUUUCAACGAAUGGAGCAAGAAAUCCUUUAAUAAUUACGUUAACAGCGAGGGAGAAUUCCUUAUGAACGAAGCUGAUCAAGACUUUUCUAGUCAGUUCAAGGAUCCCAGCUAUUGGAUGAAACAGCACUUGAAUGGAGCGACUGUCAAAACCAACUCCAAAUGAAUUAUUCUAUAUGCAUGACAAACCUAUCCUUUUUUCAAUAAAAUAUGAGAUACAUAUAAGUUGCCAUGAAAUCACCGAGCUGACGAGUUGGGUAUGUGAUCGACCGAUACCAGGGGCUUUCUCGUAACCAGACCCUCUAUACCGGACUAUCGCAUGAGAAUUUUGGUAGAAAAAUGAAAACGGUCUGGUUACGGAGGUUUUCCUUGUAUUUUCGUGCUUUUGUGGAGCCACUGAUCGGGUUUUGGAACGCGUUUUCGAAGAUUUCGCAAUCUUGUGACGAAAAACAAAAAUGUUGAUCUUUUAUCUGUUGAAGAAACCCUUCUYAUUCAAUCACAAUGUAACAGUUUGAAAACUUUCUUGCUUGUAUGUUAUUGUAGCAUUGACCACAGCACUGACAAUGAAUAUUUCCAUGAAAUUGCCUUUAUGCACAAGUAACAUAUGGUAGCUGAACGGCAUAGUACUUGCCAAAGUCAGUCGAUACCGACUACGUAGGACCGCACUGUAUUGACUUGGCGGGAAGCGGCCGGCAAAGCUGUGUUAUCCCAUCCAGUUUCUGAAUGCAAAAAUGUAGUAUAUUUUGUUGCCUGUUACAGCCAAACUAGUAGCAAUAUUCAAAACAUAUACAUUUCAGGAUUUCAGAUAUAUAGACUUUAUCUUCAAACUUUAUAUAAAAUAUAAACUGAACGCACGAGUUGAUGAGCUGUGUUCUGUACCUGGGCUUUAUUAACAAGUAUCAGUGUCUUUAGCAUUUCUACAAAUCUAAAAGGUACAAAUGUUUGAUUAUACCUACAACGUAUAGAACCUUGAAUAAGUAAUGUCUUAUGUAAAACUAAAAAAGUACAGAAUGUGUUUGUUGUAACUAUAAGUCUAUAAAAACGUCUACAAUUUGUC